AUGGAUUCAAAAGGAGGUGGGUCCGCAGUAAGGCCAAUAAGAACGAGCGACCGUAUCCGGCAGCGGCGAAAGCGGUUUGGCCAUGCAUACCUUUACUACGCCCCAAAGCCACAAAAGAAGAAUAAGCCUAAGCGGAGGGCGGUCGCAACUCGGAUAGCCAAGCUUUUACGCACCAGGAACCAGCCUCCUGCUUCCAGUGUACGUGUCCUACGACAUCAAAUGCGGUUUUAUAAUGUCAUCUUUCAUGUGUUUUUGAUUGUCUUGUAGAUGCCUUAUGUCAGUUCCCAUGGCACGCUUCAUGAUCAUUUAUGUUAUCGUGACAAGCUUAUGGAUCAACCAUAUUUAUUCUGUUAAAAUCCUCAAAUGCCAGUCAGUUGUGCUGGUUGUUAUUUUUGAUCCGUAAAUUGUUUUGUGGAAUCAUCAAAAUGAGGCUGAAUGGGUGUUGCAUACUCCCACUUGGAAAAAAAUUCAAAAGAAAUUUCAGGUUCAAACUAUAGUGAUCAGACCUUGAACAGAGAAUUAGUCGAUUGAGUUGAAAGAAGAUAGCCAGAUUUUAAUCACUUUUCGCUGUGAUAUAUAUUGGAUCUCACUUGUAUACAUGAAUCAAUGAAAGUUGAUAUGACGCAGGAAAUUAUUAAGAGCAUGUCUGGUUGAGGCUGAAACUAUCAAGAGUUCUAGGAGAAACACAUAGUUAUUUGGUACAUUCGCUUAACUUGGCCCGUAGACACUGUCACCCACAUUUCGGCUAAAUUUUAAAGCUGACAGGAUAUUGGCAAUCGUGGUUGUGGAUGGGACCGAGGUAGAUGUAUCCUACGCGGGGGAAGCGAGACCAUUCUUCAACCAGCAGACAGUUGGGUUUUUUUUAUUAAAAUUGGUAAGCUGUAGAACAUAAAAAUUGAAGUGAAAAACAAUUAACGAUCCUGGUAUCAUGUAUUCAGCUUGUACGGUAUCAUAAACGAGAGAAAGGAAAAUUUACUUUUCAAAAUUGAUCAAUAUCAUAAAAAAAACCCCUCCCUUAACUCCUCAUCAGAAAAUUAGGUAAAAAUCAUUCUGAUGAAAAUAAUCAGGUUGAGAGGAUUUUCUAGUUCAUGGAACUAAUUGGGAUCUCCUUUCGAGGCAAAGAGGUCUGUGGAGGCUUUACUAAGAGAAUGGGUUCAAGAUAUGCUGGAGAAAACACUAGAUGCAUCAUGUUCUCAUACCUGAUACCUGGUGACCCAAGUAAAUGAUUUAGAGAUGAAGACAGUGAUGGGUUCCAUGAAACGAAAUGGACAGUAAAGGACAAUGAGGGGGUAAAUUGGGAAGGCAAUGCUAGAGCAGUGGAGGAUCAUGCUAUCAGAAUGAUGCUGGAUGUAUUGUGUAUCCAGGUAACCAAAACAGUAGGCUGUGGUAGGCAGCAGAAGAUUUGUAUGUUUGUGAUGCAAAACCAGUAGAGAAUGAGAUUGGUAGAUGUCAGAUUAUUUAGAAUGAAAAUCACUAAUUCAAGAUGAGGUACCAGGUGCGUGGUGCAUUAGGAGAAACUUAAGUCUUGUUAGUCCUGAUUUUCAAGACAUCUUGGUAAGAGGGCAGCCCAGAUACCCAAGGCAUCUAGACAAGUACAUUAAUCAGGAACUUAUCUUUGGCCACCUGGACUGCCACUGUGAGUGGUGUAUUAGGAUUUUGGUUGCAGUGUGGAGGGAAAUCCAAUCACCUUGGUGGCCAUUUCCACUGAAUGUUUGACCGAACGCUUAUCAUAUUACAUUAAGUUAAAACGCAGUUCUCCUACAUGUUUAAUUGAGUUCACAAUGUGUAAUGUUAGUUGUGAAAAUAAGUGGCACCUUGCAUUUGUUCAUUUGUUUGCUAUGCACGGUCAUGAAUGUUAAAUGAGAAAUUAUCAUUAAGUUUACCAUUACAAUCAAAUGGCUUACAUUAGAUAAUAUGAUAUCAUGGGAUCCAAUGGUCCACGAAGUUCAUUGAUUUGUGAGGCAGUUUGCAGAUGCCAAUGCUGUUUGCUAUCUAUGUUAUCGGCUGCAAACACCAAACGUUAAUCAAUAAUCUUUCUUUGUGAUGGAUGACGCUUGAAAUAAGCUGUAAUUAAUAGGGCCGGGCCUCGAUUCAGAAAGAUAAAGGUACAGAGGUAACUAAUUCCCCAUCUCAUUUGGGGCGGAAAACGAAUCGACAUCUUGAUGUGAUACAGCCCUUUCCUUUUUUGUUGGGAAAGAACGGCUUCUUUAGUUUUUUUAUAUUCGUGCCUGGAUUUCACUUUUGGAGAUUGCCUAAUGUAGAUAUUUACGUGUGUGAUGUUAUUAUUCGGAAGGAUUUACUCAAUUCUUCUUGUUUUCACUUGUUCAAAUGCUUUCUAUUUGUCACUGUAAUAACAUAUAUAAGUUAUGAUUAAAUUGAAAAUUAUCGCUUACUUUUGUGACUAAUGCGUAGUGCCAAACUUAUUAACCUGCAGAUAGACAUUUAUAUACUGCUUGCUUGCAUUAAAAGCUUUUCUAUAAACCCUUGCUCGAGAAAAUCAGAUGCAGUGGAACCAUAAAUGAUAUUUAGGAAAUGGAUCAGUGCCUAUGAUCAAAUUGAGUUGUAUAAGUCAAGCAUAGAAGUUGAAGUCUUUCAUUUGUGAAAUAUCUGUUACACCUUUCAUGCAUGUCAGUACUUGGCGAGGAAUUUUGCUACCUUAGGACCGUUAUAAUUAUGGCCACCGUUCAAAGGUUUUGGUUGACCUUCCUUGACCUUCCAGCACCGGGCUGAUGUCAGCCUCCAUACAUUAUCUUCCGACUUUGCUGAGACCUGUGUUUUGGGUAAACCGUCGCUAGGGCCUGUUCACUGUGGCUCCCUUCUCCUGAAGUUACAGGGGCUAUUUUUCCGAGUUACCUAGGGACAAUUGUCUAAUUGAAUUCACCCCUAAGUCUUAGCUUCAUGACUCAUCCCAAUGGGUAUGCCAAACUAGGGGCAUCCUAAUCAGAUUGAAUGGGAUGACCGUGUUCAAAUCUGUAAAAUGGUAGCUUGUAUGCCCAGUGGUUUAUCCAAAAUAUUUGCGAUAUAACUAUGAAGGCGUUUUCACACAGGAGUCACUGGACAUUUGAGUUUUAUUGUAAGAUCGUUUUUGGUCGGGUGUAAAGUGGCUAGUGGAGGUUAGAUCAAUCUGUCUGGGAUUCUGGAAAAUGCUGGGACAUACUGCUGCCAAAUUCUCGCCUAUCAACCAAAAAAGAAGUGGUUUGAUGAGAAAUUCAUGAAGCCGAUUGGCAUAAUGGCAAAUACGCUACCUCUCACUGAGUUAGAACUUUUCAGGAAAAGUGGGCUCCCAACAGGUUAAAAACGGUCAAAGGGUUUUAAGCUUCAUUCUAAAUGAAACUUGGGGCUAAGACAUCAAAGAUCUUGAUCUAUCGACUUGGAUGAUCUCGAGUCAGAUAAGAGUUCAUUUUGUGCCUGAUUUGGACCUUUUCAAACUUAUAUUCCAAUGAUGGAUUUUUUGGUUGUCUACUUAAUUUUUAGUAUGCCUGUUCUAAUUGUCGUUAUAACCUAAGGUUAUUUUUCACGAAGAAGUCUGCAAAUUAUCCAAAACAGAUAAAAGAGCUGAAUUUCAAAACUUAAUGUUAGUUCCAUAGUUUGUGUACAAUCAAUUAGAUGCCUGAGCUGAUUAGGUGAGAAGGGGAGGUAAAAGUGGCUAGCUUCAGCAGACCUUAACUCGUUACCUUGUUGAGCAAGAUGACUGCUUCUGUUUACAAAAUGAGAAUUGCUCGAAAAAGUUUUCUAGCAUCUUUUAAAGCAUUAGACUAAGAUAUUAUCAGUUUGAGAUAGUUCUGACGUCUUUUAUUUCUAUUCAGUUUAACUUCGUCGUCAUAAAUCUACUGACUUGGUUCUUUUAUCAUAUUAUAGCCCGCAGAAACAAACCUUCGCCGUUCUACCAGGAAGAGGAAAAUUUCUAUCAACCUAGAAGACUAUGAGACAGACAGUUCUGGUUCUGAGGAUGAUGACUUAAUGGUGAGAUUUUGUACUCUCCCAUGUAUGGAAUGUUUUUGGAGGUUAGUUUUUGGCUUGAAAUUUCAGGAGCUUGAAAUGUGGAAAACGUUGUAGAUGUUGUGUAAAUUUCAAAAAAUUAGUGGUACCACUUUUUUUUUGUGCAGAGGCCAAGUUACCGUUCUUCAAAGAACAAAAUUGAUAACAGUGUGAGCCAAGAUGAGUUCUCAUCCCCAAGGAGUAGAAAGACCCCAAAUGCUAAUUCUCGUCCACGCCGUGAAGGAUUACGUCCUCGAAGAUCAUCUGGAGGAGCAAGGGUACAACCGUUUCAGGAAUCGGAAGAUGACCAUGAUUCUUCAGAAGAGCAGGUUGGGCAAGAUGAUUCUGAGAACGGAAAUGACAUUGAGGGGGAUGGUGGUGAUGAGGCAGAAGGUGAAGAUGGGGACGAAGUGGAAGAUGGGGAUGAUGAAGAUGGUGAAGAUGGUGAAGAAGAACAGGAAGGAAGGCGGCGAUAUGACCUACGGAAUCGUGCAGAGGUUCGCAGAUUUUCAUCAGAAAAUGAUGGAAGACAGAGACCACGAUCCCCUCGUAGAGUCCUUCAUCAGGGAAUGGGUUCUAAAAGUAAUAGGGAUAUGAGAAAGGGUGGUCGAGGUCUCAAGAAGCACCGAAUCACACAAGCUGAAGAUUCUGAUGAUUCUCUCCUUGUUGAUGAGCUUGAACAAGGUCCUGCUAUCCCGUGGGUGCGAGGAAAUAGAAAUGGAGCACCAUGGCUUUUUGGAGGAUUGGAUAUGCAUGGUACGACAUCCUUUGGUUUGAAUACCGCAGCAUCUGGAUGGGGUCAUCAAGGUGAUGGCUAUUCAUCAUUGAGUAUGGGAGUUCAAACUGCUGGACCGAGUUCAAAAGGAGGAGCAGAUAUUCAGCCCUUGCAGGUAGAUGAGAAUGUUACUUUUGACGAUAUUGGGGGGUUGUCAGAGUACAUCAAUGCUUUAAAAGAGAUGGUAUUUUUCCCCUUGCUUUAUCCAGAUUUCUUUGCAAAUUAUCACAUUACCCCUCCUAGGGGUGUAUUAUUGUGUGGUCCCCCUGGGACUGGUAAGACAUUAAUAGCUAGAGCAUUGGCUUGUGCUGCUUCAAAAGCUGGUCAAAAGGUCAGUUUUUAUAUGCGCAAGGGAGCUGAUGUUCUUAGCAAAUGGGUUGGUGAAGCUGAAAGACAACUUAAAUUGCUGUUUGAAGAAGCUCAGAGAAAUCAGCCUUCCAUAAUAUUUUUUGAUGAGAUCGAUGGUCUUGCUCCUGUUAGAUCUAGUAAACAAGAGCAGAUUCACAAUUCCAUAGUGUCCACCUUGCUUGCCCUGAUGGAUGGCCUUGAUUCCAGGGGACAGGUUGUUUUGAUUGGGGCAACCAAUAGGAUUGAUGCUAUCGAUGGAGCCUUGAGGCGACCUGGUCGGUUUGAUCGUGAAUUUAAUUUCCCCUUACCUGGUUGUGAAGCACGUGCUGAGAUAUUAGAAAUCCACACGAGAAAAUGGAGGGAGCCUCCUACAAAAGAGCUGAAGAUGGAGCUUGCAGCUAGCUGUGUGGGAUACUGUGGAGCUGAUCUCAAAGCUUUAUGUACAGAAGCUGCAAUAAGAGCUUUCCGUGAAAAGUAUCCACAAGUGUACACGAGUGAUGACAAAUUUUUGAUAGAUGUUGAUUCCAUUAAGGUGGAAAAAUAUCAUUUUUUGGAGGCCAUGUCUACCAUUACUCCAGCUGCUCAUAGAGGAUCCGCCGUGCACUCAAGACCCCUAUCUCCUGUUGUUGCUCCUUGCUUACGGAGACAUCUGGAAAAAAUUAUGGGACGUCUGUCUGAAACAUUUCUUUCUGCUUCGGGUUUGGAUCUUAACAAGUUGCAUAUGUUUUCUUAUUGCUCUUCUGUCCCUCUGGUAUAUCGGCCUCGACUCCUGAUAUGUGGUGACGAGAGUGUUGGCCUGGUAAUUAUUGUGAACAUGCAAAGUUUGAUAAGGUAUUAAGUGAAUCACGGCUAAAAGUUACUUACUGUUUUAGUGUAACAGGACCAUGUUGGGCCUGCUGUCUUGCACGAAUUGGAAAAAUUUCCUGUUCACUCUCUUGGGCUUCCAUCUCUUCUAUCUGAUCCAAGUGCAAAGACCCCAGAGGAGGCUUUGGUUCAUAUAUUUGGUGAAGCAAGGAGAACUACUCCUUCAAUACUUUUCUUACCUCAAUACCAGUUGUGGUGGGAUACUGUGAGUACAGUUUAGCUAUGCACAUCUUUUCCAUGUACUAUAUAUUUGUUAAAGUAUAAUAUUCUUUCGGUUUUCCACUAUGUUUCAGGCUCAUGACCAGCUCAAGGCUGUCUUGUUGACCCUUCUGGAAGAACUACCAUCCAACUCUACCAUUUUGCUGCUUGGAACAUGUGCAGUUCCAUUUGGCGAACUAGAUGAGGAUUCUGCUUCAGUUUUUGGUCAACAUAAUGUGUAUGUUUACCCAACAUGUUUCUUCAUCUUGACAUAAAUCCAUGAAGCUCUGUAGAUUCAUUAUUCUCUAUCAGUAUUAAUCAAACGUAGCUAAUGUACCUUAGUUAUUCUUUUGUUGGUGGUCUCCUUUUGCUGUUUUGGGAUUAUUGCAUUUUCCGGAGUUAUUUGUUUCCUAUUUUGAUCACGUGUGAUGAGCUUGUAAUAAACAUCAUGAUUUGAUUUUCGUCGUGUGCUCGUAUGAAACAUGCUUGUGGUUAUUAUGAUUUACAUCAUGAUAGAAAUGCAAAUGGAAGAAACUGGAAGUCGGAGGUUUUUUGUUGUUUCCUUUAGAGGGUGGAAGGAGUGAAUGUACCAAGUAGAGAACGGCAAAGCAUCAGUAGCUGCUGGAAAACAUUGUGAGUGUUGGUUCUUCCAUUAUUUUCUUCUUCAGACAACCUGUCUCCACUACGGCUGCUGCCAGAUUUAUUAUACCUUUUCUCACAUCGGAUGUGGAAUUCUUUUCUUGUUCCCUUGGUUUUCUCCUAUGUUCUUUUUCAUGCUCCGUUUCCUCUGCCCGUCCUUCCUCCUGUUCAUCCAUUUUACCAUGUACCCACAUUCAAAUUCUCGUCAAUGUACCUGUUGUCUUGGAACAACAGGAUAAAACGCACUUGUGUACAUGAUUCUCUCUGUAGUAUCUUUCUUGGCCACAUGUGCAACUCACACUUUGCUAUAUUACAAUAGUGGCUGCUGAUGGGCAUGAAAUAUUGGGUGUACACAGCUUGGUGUAAUUGAAGGGAAGUCACUGCUUGCAGCUGUCAGUAACUGGCAUCACUGACGGUUGAUGACUAAGCUGUAUUCUCUAGUGCUUCUUUGCUAUCUCCACUGUACUGAGCUUUCUUUUUGGUUCAUCCAAUUGGAAAAUCUUACCCAUUUUCACCCUCUUUUUCCUUCAUUGGCCUGACGGCGGACACUAGUGGCUAUAGAAUAAUAGGUUGUUUCUUCAUUCUGCUGCUAAACAUUUUGAUGAUUCGCAUUUCUCAUUUGCCAGUAAUUCUUUUGUUUAGCUUAUCUGUUGGCAUGUUCUGAAACUUUCUGAAAAUAAAUAAUCUUAUAAUGGCAAUGGUGAUAUUAGAGUGUUAAGGCAGAAGUGAAAUGAAGACCAAAAGCCAGGGAACUGGUGAUGAAAGAGGUGGGUAAGAAUUAAAUUUUUUGCUAAGAUAAGAUUUUGAAACUACUUGCUUCGAAAAUUAUGAGAAACGACUUUAGCCGCGAAUUUUUAGUUUUUGGGAAUUAACGUUCAUGAUUGAUGGUUUAUUGGUUCGAAUAAUUGGUCAGUUCCUAGCUUCAUAUUUGAUCGUUUAUUCUGAAUGUCAGAGUCAGAUUUCAAGAAAAGAAUACAAUCAUAACAAAGUUCAACGAGGAAAUAUAUAAAAGGGGCAGCAGAGUUUCACCAUUAUGGGGAAUUAAUUUUAUCCCGGACUAUCGUUUACAAUCUUGGAUUCUGUGUUAUCUAAAUAAGGUGCUUUAUCUAACCUAUGAAGGAUUGAAGAGCUAAUGGGAUACAUUUUUAGAAAGGGUUUGAUAAGGGAAGGGUAGAUAAUGGAAAUGGGAACCAAGGUUUUUGAAGCCUGAAAAUUUUUAAGAAUAUGAUUUUGGCUAAACUUUAUCAUCUGUUUUCCACGUUUGGACAAAUGCUGUCAGAUAACUAGAUUUCAGGCUGAUGUUGACAUAUUUCAGAUGGAUAAGGGAACUUCUUCGUAUUCUUGGAAGGUGUUGCCGUGUUCAGAAAGCAUUUCCGUUAGAGGUUCCUUCAAAGUUUUCUCAGUAUCCUUUGGCAAAGGCAAAUAUAUUCAAACGAUGAAUGAGAUUCUGGAAUCAGUUGACGCAGUUAACUUAGAAGUAGCCCCAUGAAUGCUGUUACUUCUGAGUUUGUUGACCUCAAUUUUUUUUUUUGCAUGGCUGAUCGUUCUAGGUGAUUUUGGCGUGAAAUGAUUGUGAAGAUGGUCUUAAAAUGGAAACUUUACUGAGAUAUCUUUUCUAGAAAGAUAUAAAGAUAAAGUUUCUUACUGAAUAAAGAAAAAUAUAGAGUAGAUAAAAGAUAAUUCCUGCCAAAAUUAGGCUUUGGUGUGGAGACAUUCUUGCUAGUGUCUACAUAUGUGCAAGAGAAUAAGCAACUUUGAAAUGAAUAUCAGAGCGCACUGUAAAGUCUGAAGAAGGAAGAAGAAUACCGUGAACCACCUUUAUGUGAGUCAGUGGGCAUAAUUGUACUGCCCUGGAAAUGUUUAUGCAAAGCUAUUGUUCUUUGGUGGUCUAUGGUAGAUGGAACUCUCAUAUGUUUGGGCGAGUACAGACUCUUAUUCAAGAAUGGCUUCUUGAAGAAGUUGCUUCUGGCAGUGCUAUCUGGAGUAUGUGACCGGGAAGUAGGAGAAAAUUCUAAAACUAUAGGAUUGAGAUGUCAAUAGAGUUUUGUUUUAUGAAAAUUCUAUCUAGCAGUAAUGAGUUCUUCAGGAAGCCUGACUGUUCCUCUAACAGUGCUUUGAGUGGCUUGAUAAGAUGAUGAGUUUGGUAUGGUUAUGGUGUUUUCUGUAAUGUAAUGUUAUUUUGAGUGUGUUUUCCUGUCUUUAUUCUCAGUGCUUUUGUUAUUUUGAGAACCUUGAAGGAGAUGAAUGGUCGUAGCCUAUCGUCUGUAGGGAAAAAGGAGAGCUCGGAUUCAAUCAGGCAUACAUACAAUCUGUUAUGGACUACAUUACAUGCAUGUAGAACACUUUUCUUGUCACUGUAUGGUAGUAACCAAUUAAUUGGCUACUUUGAUUCUUUUGUAUCAACUACUCUAAAAAAGAAGAUGUAAUGUUGUUGGGAUGCUGAUGGACGAACAUUUGAGGGACCUUUGUUGAGUAUAUCCCUCACUCGCAUUUCUUUUUCAUGCAUAAAAUAAAAAAUGCUUGCUCAUUGUUUUUAAUCGUUUUUAUAAAAUGAACAAUAUUGAGCAUUAGGGCUAGUUCACCUUUGGGUGUACUUUUAUCUGUCAUAGAUAAGGGUUCAUUUCCUUAAGAAUGUACUUUUUAUUCAAUUACGCAGUCAUACUUUAAAUGCCAUGGAUGGUGGUAAAUGUUUUGUUCCACAAAAUGAAAUUCUUUUCCAGGUAUCAAGUGGACAAUCCAAACAUGGAUGACAGGUGUCAGUUUGUGGAGCAAUUGAUUGAAGUCGUACUCUCUAUUUCACCAGAAGAUUCAGCUAGCCAAUCUAAUGAGCCAAAUUCUCUUCCAGACCUUCCUAAGGUCCCAAAGGAAGUGAGUGGUCCAAAGGCAUCAGAGUUGAGGGCCAAGGCAGAAGCUGAGCAACAUGCACUUCGCAGACUGCGGAUGUGUCUUCGGGAUGUUUGCAAUCGGUAAUAUAGGUUUCCCUUUGAACCAAACUUUUCAAGCUAUUUCAUUGUCAAAAUUCAAUACAAACUCAAAUAGGGUGGGAAAGGUAACAAAGAAAAUCUCUGUAUUUACUCGUUCCAAGAUGCAGUUAUACAAAUAGGUCUAAAUUAUAUUGUCUCCAAAUUGCUGAAGCCUAUUCCAAAUAUGCUGGGUUCUGGGGAAUGUAUUCAAAUAUUCUAGUAGAGAGUGAAAUCAUUCCGUUAUCCAUCAACUACUUAUCCUGACGCAACUGUACCUAAGUUAGCUAUCUUUUCAGGUAAUGUAUUUGUCCUCAGUGUACACAGUCAUCUGACCUUACUAACUUCAUAAUCUUUGUAUGUACCUUAUGAAAAAUAGCUUGUGGAACACUGAUGAAUGAAUCUGGUUAUAUCAUUUAUUCCCAAAGGAAAAUCUAUGCUGUAAAUUUUUGGGACCAGGUUUCAUCCUUUGCUUUGGCUUCCCUAUAAAAGGGUAAGUGAAAGCUAAAAGGACGGUUGUCUGAUUCUUUUUCCUAAACAUUGUUGUUCGAUUUUUGUGUUUUUCAGGAUGCUAUAUGAUAAACGGUUUACUGUGUUCCACUAUCCAGUAACAGACGAGGAUGCACCUAACUAUCAUUCAAUCAUUCAGACACCCAUGGAUAUUGCUACUAUCUUGCAGCGUGUGGACUGUGGGCAGUAUCUUAGUCGUGCAUCAUUCCUUCAAGAUGUUGAUCUCAUUGUUGCUAAUGCCAAGGUAUCCCUUUAACCAACAAAAAGUGCUUUGUCCUUGCAUGUACUCCUGCUCUGUCCUGUGGAAUCUGUAUGCCUGGUUUUAGUUGCAGCAGAAACCGAUGCUUCUGCUGAGAAUGGGCUUUCCAUUCUUGACAUCCUUAUGUAAAGAAUUCGUUAAAAUAUUUGUCAAGAAAUUUUUCUGUCGGCAUCUAGGAAAAAAAUUAUAUGCUGUCGUUUGAAGAAUGAUAAUAAUUGUACAAGAUUGGUCAUAGUAGAAUUAUGCAUGCCGUCAGUUGACUUUUUUCUAGCAACAGAGACAUGGUGAUGAUAAACACGAGAGAAAGUGGUACUAUCAAUACGUGAACAACUUCUGGUACGAGUAAGCAAAAGUUGUUUAGGUCAUGGACUUGAAUUACCCAAUAUUUACUCUCUUAGUUCAUACUACGCAUUUUUUAUUCUCAAAAACAAAGGAAAGAAUUUUGAGAAAUGGAUCAAGCUUUUUUUUUUUUCACCAUUUUCUUCAUGUUUAUAUUCUAUAAUGGAACUGUUUCCCUGUUUGACGUUUGAUCACCGGCGUGCGUGCUAAUUUAGUUUGGCACAUUUGGGGAGUGCACAUAUUGUUUGGCUUUAAUCUCUGCCUCUCUUUCUCGUAGAAACGACGAGGCUUUUCUAUGUCUAUUUCUGUGUUACUUCUUUGAAAUGAAUGUAGUGGUGUCCUAUCUGUCUCCGACGAAAUUUAAAUUCAGAAGAAGGUUGAUUAACUGCGUACAUUGCAGGCAUAUAACGGAGAUGAUUACAAUGGAGCGAGAAUUGUGAGCAGAGCCUAUGAACUUCGAGAUGCAGUAAUGUUCCCAUCACUUUUGUCCUCAUUGAGAUUUGCUUUAUAUUUUCUUUCUAUCUUCUGUUAACUUUGGAAUCUAUAUUUGGUUUUUAGGUGCAAGGGAUGUUGUCACAAAUGGAUCCGGCAUUGGUCACAUUUUGUGACAAGAUUGAAGAACAAGGUGGUCCAGUGCCCGUGCCUGAUGAUGUUGGGGGCUUUGGCCUUUCAUCCGAACCUGUUGUUCAACUGGCUGCUGUGACUAGAACGAGUGCUAGGUUGCGUAAUGUUCAACCAGAGUUGAACUUAUCCCAGAGUUAUGAAGCUUUGAGGCGGGCAAAGAAAAGUGCGGAGAAUGAGCAAGAAGGUAUAUCUCCCAUCUCAUUGGCUAUAUGUUUAAGAAUACAUGAGCAAGAAGGGAGAUAUAAUACCUUCUUGCUCAAUAAAUAAUGCAUAUAUGUUUGUUCUUACUAUAAUUAAUAACUCGUAAGUUAAUCCAGGCCAAUUUUCAGAAGAACCAGGGACCGCAGGAUCCAUAGAUUUGUCAAAGCCUGUUGGUCCUUCCCAGGCAGGGGAGGAACCGGACUUGGGUUCUCCUGAGAAACCUGGGAAUCCACAGCCAGCUGAGGCCCCCAAACCGUCCGAAGCCUCACCGCCUCCCAGGACCAGUGCUCUCCGGGACGUUUUAAUGGAGGAUACAACAGAUAUUUCUGAGCAGGUUAACUCUCUGAAGAAGCACAUGCUGGAGCAGAUCAAGGACUACGGAGUGCCUCAGUUUGAGAAGCUGUAUGCUCGUGUUCUCAAAGGGGUAUUUUCUGUCAGAAGCCACGGAGCAGGGGAAGAAGAUCCCAGAUCGUCAGUGUUGAGGUAUCUGAGAGAGUUUGCCGACGACUCUGACAACUUCUGA